AUGCCUAUCACGGUCCCCUCCUCUACCUCUCUCCACGACCUCUUCAGCCUCAAGGGCAAGGUCAUCAUUGUUACCGGUGCCUCCGGGCCCACCGGGAUUGGCACCGAAGCCGCUCGAGGAUGUGCGGAAAUGGGUGCCGAUGUGGCCAUUACAUACUCGACUCGCCCUCAAGGAGGUGAGAAGAACGCCAAAGAGCUCCAAGAGAAGUACGGCGUCAAGUCCAAGGCCUACAAGUGCAAUGUGAGCAACUACGAAGAGGUGGAGAAGCUGGUCCAGGAUGUCGUCAGGGACUUUGGCAAGGUUGAUGUCUUUAUCGCCAACGCUGGCCGGACUGCCGACAGCGGUAUCCUUGAUGCCUCUGUUGAGAAGUGGAAUGAGGUUAUCCAAACCGACUUGAACGGUGUCUUCCACUGCGCCCGAGCCGUCGGUCUGCAUUUUAGAGAGCGCAAGACCGGCAGCUUCAUCAUCACCGCAUCCAUGUCCGGUCACAUUGCCAACUAUCCUCAAGAGCAGACCUCCUACAAUGUCGCCAAAGCCGGCUGUAUCCACAUGGCACGCUCCCUGGCCAACGAAUGGCGAGACUUUGCCCGUGUGAACUCGAUCUCUCCCGGCUACAUUGACACUGGUCUCUCGGACUUCGUUCCUCAGGAUAUCCAACAACUGUGGCACAGCAUGAUACCCAUGGGCCGUGAUGGUAAAGCGACCGAGCUCAAGGGAGCCUAUGUCUAUCUCGCAAGCGAUGCGAGCUCCUACACGACCGGCACUGAUAUCAUCAUUGACGGCGGAUAUUGUGCCCGAUAA